AUGUAUAUGCGCAAUCAACUCCUUGUCACUGUGAUUCGUGGUUAUCUCAUCUUACUUGCCUGCUUGGUCGAUUCCUUGCUCAAUUCUUCUGUGCUUGACGUGGGAGUAGCGGAUCCUUCUAUUGGAAAAGAAUGGGGUGACGGUGGCGUGAUGGAGAUCCCAGAGCAUUGUGGCGAUGCACUGGAAACACGUCUGAUAAGACGUAACGAGUGUCUGUGCCACUGCUCAUUAUCUUCCACGGUUACUCUGAUUCCGUGGCGAGAGGCGCAAGUCUCGGACGUGUUGCGAGCAAAGGGAGUUAACUUGCAUGUUGAGGCCUUUGUUAGUAUGCAGCUGAUCAAGGACCUUAUGGCGGAAUCAUCUGUGAUACCACGAGGAUCAUAA